CCCGCUCCCCCCUCACUCUUCCGUCUUCGGAUUUCCCCGUCGGUCUCUUCCAACACCACCACGGGCUUCUGUACUUAAGUCCCCUUCCGACCCCACUCGCCUUCUUCAGUUCCCCACACCCUUCCCACCGCAGCCCAAUGAGCACUGCUACCAGUCACUGGUCAAGCUAUAUGGAUUCCUCAAACAUGUCGCCGCAUAACCACUCGGAGCACAAUCUCUCCUACUACGGUGGUAGCAACGAGGGUAGUCGCGCCGACCCCUCCAUUCCUAGGAGGCUUAGCCAGCCCUACUCUGGGGCGAGCGGCGACAAUCACUCGCCGUUCGCGUACUCGCCGACCAAUUCGACGUCUUACGGUCACACGUACAACAAUACCCCGCUCACCUACCCCAACCAGGGGCACAGUUCUCAACAGCAGACGUCGUUCAGCAGCAACAACUCCUACAGCAAUACCUCUUACAACCUCUCCCCCGCAAGCAACAACAGUUCAUCCAUGGGUUCAUCGAUGGACUACUAUUCGUACAGUAGCAGCGGGCAGGACACCUCGACACUGCAGUAUUCUUCAGGAAGCAUCAACCCUGCCUACCUAGGCGGGCGUUCGCAAGUAGGUCGGGGUGUGACUAGCACCCGUGACAGCCUGAUCAAGAGCGAGCCGACGGAAGGCGGACUUGCUCGUGAGGCCCAUAGUGGGAGUACAGGCGUGCUGUAUCCCGCGCGUAUUCAAUACACAGACAAUGCGACCGACAAGGAGACCAGUUGGCUCAAACGUCAAUGUCAUGUGUGUGGGGCAACAAGUCCCCCGGGUUGGAGGAAGUCAGUCCUUAAGGUCGGCAAAAUUGUCUGCAACGCCUGCGGACUGUACGAGAAGACUCAUCACAGGCCUCGCCCUACUCGCCUCAGCGAUGAGAGCCGAAAUGGGGUGCAUCGCCGCGUAAGCGCGACGAGUGCCACCAUUGCCCCUGGGGGCGACUCUCCUUCUCGCGCUUCCUUCUCGGUAUCGCCGAACCUUUCCCGCGCUCCCUCGGACAAUCGCGUUCAGUAUGCCUCGGCUUACGCGAAUACCACUACUGGAAGCAACCCGAGCAGCCUGUCCGGCUCCCCUGUGCUACAACGUGCCACUGGUUCGAUCUCCAGCACAUCCCACCGCGGCUCCCGCUCUCCUCCGAAUUGAGCGCAGACCAUGGUAUUGCGGCGACGACGUGUUCGGCACACGUAUGUCAUCCUUUCGCUUCUAUUACUGUGAAUUGGUUACCUUGGUCCGUUCCCGUCUCAGGCUCCUACCCCCAGCGGCGUAUUUUACCCGUUUUCUUCUGACUGUGGCGCUCCCGUAUUUAUUCCGGACCUGCUGGAACCGCCGCGCCGCGGUUAUCGGGCACCGAAAGCGAAAAGUGUUUCCUGUUCAACAAAUGGCUCGGCAUCAGUAGAAUCUUGUCCUAAUCCACGGGAAUUUGACCCGGGUUUCCAGCUGCGUAAUACUUCGGUCGGGCUUUACGUACGUACAUAUUAUCGUUGGUUCGCCGUGUCUUUUCACCGUCUCUCCUGAUAAUAUCGGACCGCACUGUAUUUACUAUGACUGUCGCUGCGGCGCCGGUGGUGUGACUGUAUCUAUUUAUUUAGUGUGACAAAUAAC